UUCCGACUAACUAAUAGUCAGUAAAAAUCCGAUUAGUUCAAAAAAAUAUUUAAAAUUUUACCAACCGCUUGUUUAAUUAUUCCGGCCGGUUUAGCGGUCGUUAAAAUUAUAAAAAAAAAUUAUAGCAACUACGACCAACUGAACUCCUCAUUGUACAUUGUAGAAAGAAAAAAGGAACGGAGCUUAGAAUUGGGGAAAAGUCGACCACCGAAUUGGGUGAAGCCAACAAUCCUGACCGACGCCGCCAGCCCCAACCCCAUCCCCACCGCCGCCAGCCCCAACCCACCGCCGCUGUCACUCUUCCUCGCGAGUCAUCGGCCACCGAUUUGGGCGAAGCCAACAGCCCUCGCCGAAGCCGCCAGCCCCACCCCCACGCCCACCGCCGCCAGCCCUACCCCACCGCAGCUGUCACUCUUUCUCGCGAGUCGUCGCACACCCAAUUAACCAGUUGUUUGUUGUUUGUUAUUAGAUGUCAUAUCGAGGAGAAAAUUCAACCAUCCGCAAUCGUUUAGGUGCACGUGGUGGUCGUGAAGGUGGCCUUGGAGGUGGCCAUGGAAGUGGCCAUGGAGGUGGUCGUGGAGGUGGCCUUGGAGCUGGUCCACGGGUCACCCAACACACACAUGAUACCUUUGAUGAUGAUGAAACUCAAGGUCCAGACUCUCAAGAGUUGGUUCCUGAUUCACAAGAAUAUGAAGAAUCUGAGAAUACUGGAGUGAUUUGGAUGGCACCGGGUGAACUUUGGUUUGAUCAUAGUUCCAUUUCCCGGGAUAUUACUAACGUCAUCCAGCAAUAUUUCAAGAGUCCUUGGACGUGUUACACCCAAGUUGACAAGGAUACAAAAGAGCAUUGGUUCACCUUGUUCAAGGUUUAUUCAUUUUUAUAUCAUUUAAUGUAUCACUUUUAAUUUAUCAACUUGUUAUAAUUGUAACAUAACAAAAGAUCCUUUCUUUUAUUGUAAAACUUAAU